AGGGCGCAAUUGGAGUGCAAAUUUCUGUAAAUCUACUCAUUCUUUCUGAUUUUUAAAGAAACAAUGUCGAAUUUCUCUCGCCAAGUUCGGCUAUCGUCGUCUCUGAUUAGAGGCAUACAGUACAGAAUUUCAAGAUCAUUCACUACAAUCGAAUGCCAUAGACCAACCAUUCUUCAUAAGAAAGGUGUCGAUAUUCUUCACAACCCAUGGUUCAACAAGGGAACAGCAUUCUCCAUGACUGAAAGAGAUCGUCUAGAACUACGUGGACUUCUACCUCCAAACAUCAUGACUGAUGAACAACAAAUUGAACGCUUCAUGACGGAGCUGAAGAAGCUUGAGAUGAAUGCAAGAGAUGGUCCUUCAGACACAAUCAGUUUGGCAAAGUGGCGAAUACUUAACAGACUACAUGAUAGAAAUGAAACUAUGUACUAUAAGCUUCUAAUGGCCAAUAUCAAGGAGUAUGCCCCAAUAGUGUACACUCCAACAGUAGGACUUGUUUGUCAGAAAUACAGUGGAUUAUUUAGAAGACCAAGGGGGAUGUAUUUCAGUGCUCUUGAUCGUGGAGAAAUGAUGUCAAUGGUUUAUAAUUGGCCUGCUGAACAGGUUGAUAUGAUUGUUGUUACUGAUGGAAGCAGAAUCAUGGGUCUUGGUGAUCUAGGAGUUCAGGGUAUUGGAAUUGCAAUUGGGAAGUUGGAUUUAUAUGUUGCUGCAGCUGGAAUAAAUCCUCAGAGAGUGCUUCCUAUCAUGAUUGAUGUUGGAACCAACAAUGAGAACCUUCUAGAAAAUCCCUUGUAUUUAGGAUUGCAAGAACGUCGUCUUGAAGGUGAGGAAUAUCUUUCCAUUGUUGAUGAACUUAUGGAGGCUGUGUUCAAUCGUUGGCCCCAUGUGAUAGUUCAGUUUGAAGAUUUUCAAAGCAAGUGGGCCUCAACGUUAUUGCAUCGCUACAGAAAUACCUACAGAAUGUUCAACGACGAUGUCCAGGGAACAGCCGGAGUUGUAGUCGCUGGUCUUCUGGGAGCUGUAAGAGCACAAGAAAAGAUGAUGAUCGACUUUCCAAAACAAAAUAUCGUUGUUGCUGGUGCUGGAAGUGCAGGAGUUGGGGUUGUGAAAGCAGCGAGGAGAACAAUGGCAAGAAUGUUGGGAGAUAGUAAAGCUGCUUACGAUAGUGCACGAAGUCAGUUCUGGGUAGUUGAUGUUAAUGGUUUAAUCACAGAAGAGCGUGCAGGCAUUGAUAAUGAACUCAAACCAUUUGCACGAAAGAUCAAUGAAACCAAGCGUAGAGGCUUGAGGGAAGGAGCAACUCUUGUAGAAGUGGUGCAGGAGGUAAAGCCUGAUGUACUCCUUGGGUUGUCUGGAGUUGGUGGCUUGUUUUCUAAAGAGGUAUUAGAAGCGUUUAGAGGUUCAACUUCAACCAGACCAGCAAUAUUUGCAUUGUCAAAUCCCACAAUGAAUGCUGAAUGCACCCCUGAAGAAGCAUUUUCUGUUGUGGGAAAACACAUUAUUUUUGCUAGUGGGAGCCCAUUUCAGAAUGUUGAUCUUGGAAGUGGAGACAUUGGCUAUUGCAACCAGGGAAACAAUAUGUAUCUUUUUCCUGGUAUUGGCCUUGGUACUCUUCUAUCGGGUGCUAGAAUAAUCUCAGAUGGCAUGUUACAGGCUGCAGCUGAGUGCCUAGCUGAAUGUAUGAAAGAGGAUGAGGUUGUGAAUGGGAUGAUAUACCCUCCAAUAUCCCGCAUACGAGAGAUAACAAAAUCAGUAGCUGCUGCUGUCAUUAGUGAAGCAAUAGAAGAGGAUUUAGCAGAAGGAUACCGUGGAAUGAACUCUCGUGAUCUCCAAAGGCUAAAUAAGGAGGAAAUUCUUGAAUCAAAUUCCUUAGGGAAUGUAAAAGGAGGGGAUUUAAAUUCGCAAUCUUCAAGGAACUGGAGACUGGCUUUUGAUUCAAUUUAGAGAUGGGUGUUAGCAUGUUUAAUGUAAAACUCAUAUAAAAUUAAAGAUUAUUGUUGUUGGGAAUCCCUUUUUAAUUGCCUUUGAAUUUUGAAAUAAAGC